GACAACUCUCCUGUGCAUUGGGCUGCCCUUAAGGGCCACGCUGAUGUCCUAGAAUACCUCAUACAGAGAGGAUUUCCUAUAGCUUCCAAGAACAAGGACGGCGACACGCCGCUGCACUGGGCUGCAUCUGGCGGAAAUGAGAAAGUCAUUCAGCUCCUCCUCAACUACAACGCAGACCCCUGGGUGGUGAACAAGGACGGGACUACGCCUCUACACCUCGCGGCUGCCGACGGCAAUCACGAUGCGGUGAGGGUUCUA